AUGUCGGACAAUGAGUCUGCAGCGCCCUCCGCCAACGGCUGGCCUGUCAAGGAACCGCCCUCGCCGAGUGGCAGCGUGCACUCGGGCUCUGAAAUGGACGAGAAGCCCGGCGAGCCUGGCAGCGUCCCCGUGCAGAAGCGUCGUCGUGUCACCAGAGCUUGCGACGAGUGCAGACGCAAGAAAAUCAAAUGUGACGGCAAACAGCCGUGCACGCACUGCUCCGUCUACAGUUACGAAUGCACAUAUGACAAGCCCUCAAACAGGCGGAGGAACCCGGCUCCUCAGUACAUUGAGGCCUUGGAGAGCCGUCUGCAGCGCGCCGAGACCCUUCUGCGCAAGUUCGUCCCGGACGUAGACCUGGCUGAUCCCACAUUGGAUCCCGCCGUCCAGCAAGAGUUCCGCAACAGGGAGCACGCCAGGGUACAGGCCACCAAGCUGAGGCACGACCCCUACGUCAGCGCCGAGAAGGAGGACGCUCACCUGUUGUCCAUGAUCGAGUCCAUCGGCCAGCUGGACCUGGACGACAAGGGCGGCUGGGACUUCCACGGCGUGUCGUCCGGCGCCGUCUUUCUGCGGCGGAUGAAGGAGCACUUCAGGGGCAUGAUGGGCCCGGAAACCAAAGUGCCGUUUCUGCCACGGUCAGAAAGACCGGCUGGUCUCAUCAACCUCGACUCUUCAGCAUCGGCCGCCAGUUCGCCCUUUGACUCGGCCAUGUCCACCGCCCCCGAGCUCCCCCCGAAGGAAGUGGCCAGGAGGCUCUGUCACCUCUCGCUCAACUGCGCAACGUGCCUGAUUCGUAUAGUCCACGUUCCGUCCUUUUACCAAAUGUUUGACCAGAUAUACCAAAAGCCCUACGAGGAUUAUUCAAAGGAGGAGCACAACUUCCUGGGCCUACUCUACGCCGUCAUGGCCCUUGGUUGCAUGUACAGAAACCUGGACGCAACCGCUCCUCCUGUGGCCUACAAAGAGUCGCUCGACGAAGGAAUGAAGUACUACGAUAACGCCAGGCGGGUCUUGCAGGACAUUACCGAAUGCCGGGAUCUAAUCUCCCUCCAGGCACUGCUCUUUAUGAUUCUUUUCCUGCAAGCCACCUCGAACCUGAGCGGAUGCUACGCGUUUGUGGGAAUCGCACUGCGGUCAGCCCUGCGCAUCGGCCUGCACAGGUACCUGAAGCACGAGAAGAUUUCCAUCAUCGAGCAGGAGGUCAGGAAGCGGGUGUUCUGGGUCAUCCGGCAGAUGGACAUUUACGUUUCGGCCAUGCUCGGUUUCCCGCUGAUGCUCAACGCCGAGGACAUUGAUCAGCCGUACCCCAGCGAGAUUGACGACGAGUACAUUACAAACGAGGGCAUCCUGACCCCUCCUCCUGGAUCCUUCUCCUUCUUCGAGGCGUUCAACGCACACACCCGCUUGAUGGAGAUCUUGGCCAAGAUCCUGAAGUUAGUCUAUCCCUUGAAGGGGCUCGGCCAGAGUGUCAUGAAGGGGGACAAGCCGGGUGCGACCUACCUGAUCAGCUACUCCAGCAUCAAGCAGAUCGAGGCAGAGCUGCAGGAGUGGUAUGAGGUUCUGCCCGCGCAGUGGCGGCCCAGACCUGAUGGACCCGUUGAGGUGAUUCGCGUCCGCCACCUGCUGAGGUUCGCCUACGCCCACGUACAACUUGUUCUCUACCGCCCGUUUCUGCACUACGUUUCUCCCCGCCUCGGCACAGGGAAGAAUAUCGACGAGCAUUCCUACGCGUGCGCGGCGGCUUGUAUCAGCGUCUCGCGGAACAUUGUCCACAUUGGCAUUGAGAUCCGCAAGCAAAACGUGCUGGCGGGGCCGUACUGGUUCAUGCUCUUCACCGAGUUCUUUGCCAUCUUAUCUCUCGUGUUCUACUCGAUAGAGAACCCGGAAAAGAUCGGUUCCGCCGAAGUAUUGGAGGAUGCCAUGGCGGGCAGAGACAUGGUUGCCAAACUACGGUCCAAGAGUCAAGCCGCCGACAGGGUUACAGAUGCCCUCAACGUCUUGUUCGAACAGUUGCCCGAGAGGCUCCGGGAAGCCAAGUCUCGACCAAUCCCUACCAAGAAGCGAUCAGCACCUGGGCAAAAGGCCAGCUCCGUACCCAUCCACGGACACCCGGCCCUGCAGCCGGGCAUGGGGCAACGCCGAUCCGAAGAACUAAGCCGGUCGCCCAGUGCAGUCAUGGCCAGCGGACGGAUGUCUCAGCCGUCACUCCGCGGCUCGUUUGACGGCGUCCCCGUCUCAGAAGCAGGGUUUCAUGACCCGUCCAUCGCAGGCAACAUCCAGGACCUGCUAGGCAUGGACAUGUCUUCGCGGGCGACUCCCGACUCGGUCAGCACGUCUGCGAGCUCGAACCGGCCGCCGCAGGGCUUCCCGCCGCCGCACAACAUGAACCACAUCAACAAGCUCGACUCGCUCAUGUUCCCGUCAGAGGACCCCUUCGCCUACCCGAACCAACCCAUGAUGGAGCUGGGCUUCCAAAAGGGGCUGGGGUCGAACAACGUCAGCGGCCCGCAGGAUGCAUCCACGUUCAUGAUGCCCAGCGCAUUCGACGAUAUCGACACUCAGCUUCUUGGCCAGUCGCCCGCGUACUUCUUGCAAGGACAGGGCCAGCAGCAGCGGCCGCAGCAGCAGCAUCAUCAACCCGGUUACGAUCUUUCAAGCAUAUACCAGCCCUCCGGGUACCAGGGCAUGCCGGACGCGGCAAGACUGGACCACGCACGCCGAGUGUACAUGCAGCAGCAGCGGACUGGAGAUAUUGACCGGAUGCUUGCCGAGACGGGCUACCAAAGCAACUGGGCGGGAAUGCUCGCCAGAAACGGAUUUCAGGGCCUUUAG